AAUAAUAAUAAUAAUAAUAAUAAUAAUAAUAAUAAUAAUAAUAAUAAUAAUAAUAAUAAUAAUAAUAAUAAUAAUAAUAAUAAUAAUAAUAAUAAUAAUAAUAAUAAUAAUAAUAAUAAUAAUAAUAAUAAUAAUAAUAAUAAUAAUAAUAAUAAUAAUAAUAAUAAUAAUAAUAAUAAUAAUAAUAAUAAUAAUAAUAAUAAUAAUAAUAAUAAUAAUAAUAAUAAUAAUAAUAAUAAUAAUAAUAAUAAUAAUAAUAAUAAUAAUAAUAAUAAUAAUAAUAAUAAGAAUAAUAAUAAUAAUAAUAAUAAUAAUAAUAAUAAUAAUAAUAAUAAUAAUAAUAAUAAUAAUAAUAAUAAUAAUAAUAAUAAUAAUAAUAAUAAUAAUAAUAAUAAUAAUAAUAAUAAUAAUAAUAAUAAUAAUAAUAAUAAUAAUAAUAAUAAUAAUAAUAAUAAUAAUAAUAAUAAUAAUAAUAAUAAUAAUAAUAAUAAUAAUAAUAAUAAUAAUAAUAAUAAUAAUAAUAAUAAUAAUAAUAAUAAUAAUAAUAAUAAUAAUAAUAAUAAUAAUAAUAAUAAUAAUAAUAAUAAUAAUAAUAAUAAUAAUAAUAAU